AUGAGCAUCUGGGUCGACCUGCUGAACGUGGCCACCGCUGUGGCCCAAGUCAUCCUGAGUCUCAGCCUCACGACGGAUCUCUACGACGUCCACCGCCGCAAGAACACUGGCGAGAUGGCUGCACUCCCGCUCGUAGCGAUGGCAGUGAACAACCACGGCUGGAUGCUGUAUGGCUACUUGGCAGACAACAUGUUCCCGAUCUUCGCUACUCAAGCGUUCAGCCAGUGUGCAGCCAUCACCUACAACGCCGUCUACUACCGCUACAGCACCCCUGAGAAGCGCAAAGACCUCGUGAAGCUGUACUCGCGCGCCUUGGUAGUGCACUGCGCCUUUACCAUCUACACGAUCAUCGGCGUGCUAGGCCUCACGAACCAGUCGAAGACCGAGGUCGGAGAGUGGGUCGUCUACGCCGCGAUUGUUAUCAACAUUUGGAUGUACGCGUCUCCGCUGGCCACGCUCAAGCACGUGAUCGCGACCAAGAACGCGGCGUCGAUCCCCAUCAACCUGAGCGUAAUGAUCUUCGUGUCGGCCUCGCUGUGGCUUGCGUCGGGUAUCGUGGACGACGACAUCUUCGUGUGGAGCAUUAACGGUAUCGGCACGCUGCUGAGCUUCAUCCAGAUCGUGGUCUACUUCAUCUACAGACCCCCUCCUCAAGGUAGCGAGACCAAGAACGCUGACAACGCGGACGUAAGCGUUGUCGUCGUCAAUGCCAGCCCUGCGCAGAGCCUCGCGUACAAGCCGCUGGCGUCGCCGCUCACCCCGGCCAAGAAGUAA